CGAUGGCCAGCGGGGUGCCCGUCCUGGAGCUGCUCGAAGAAGCCACUUGCUCCAUCUGCCUGGAGCUCUUCCAGGACCCCGUGCUCGUCCCGGGCUGCGGCCACAACUUCUGCCGGAGCUGCCUGGCCCGCAGCUGGGGGGAGGCGGCGGCGGCGGCGGCGGCGGAGGAGGCUUCCUGCCCCCAGUGCCGACUGACCUUCCGGCCCCGGGACCUCGUCGCGAACCGGCAGCUGGCGCGGAUGGCGGAAAUCGCCCAGCGAUGCGGCCCUCAGGGUGGGGAAGGAGCGGGCUUCUGCGGGACGCACCAGGAGCCCCUCAAGCUCUUCUGCAAGGACUGCGAGACCCUCAUCUACCUGGUCUGCGACCGAUCCCCAGAGCACAGGGACCACCGGGUGAUUCCCCUGGAGGAGGCUUUCCAGGAGUACCAGGUCAAGGUUGGGGAUUGCCUGAAGGCUCAGAAGGAGGAGAGAGAAAAAAUGAUUACAUACAGGACAGACACAAAACAAAAAGUGUGGGAGAUGCUUGACAUUGGAGACACCUUGAAGAAGUACCAGGCAAAAAAGCCAUUUGAGAAUCCGGUGGCUUUUCCUCUAGAGCGGAAGUGGACAAUCUGGGAUUACAGCGAUACCAGCGUCUUUCUGAGAGGCGUCAUGAAACAGUUCAGAGAUACUCUGAAGUUUGGACUUCACCUGCAGGAAGCAAAGGUAAUUCUGGAUCCAGACACAGCCCAUCGUUGCCUCGCCCUCUCAGAGGAUCAUCAAAGCAUCAGAGAUGUUGCUGAAGAACAAGACCUUCCCGCAAACCCUAAGAGAUUUGAAAAUUGUUGUUAUGUCCUUGGAUGUCAGGGGUUCUCAAGAGGGAGACGUUUCUGGGAAGUCACUGUAGGAGAUGGGGAUCAGGGAUUGGCUGUAUGGGCUGUGGGGGUUGCCAGAAAGUCAGUGAACAGAAAGGGUGACAUCCCUUCUGGUCCCAAGGGAGGGAUGUGGGAGAUUGUGAAAUACGGAAGUGAAUACAAGGCCUGGUUUCCCCCAGAAUACCCCGAACUGCACCUGAAAGAGGAGCCCAAGAGGAUCCGAGUCUCUCUCAACUGCGAAGGGCGACAGGUGGCCUUUUUUGAUGCCCAGACCGCAGCCCUGCUCUACAUGUUCUCAGAUGCUCCCUGGGCUGGAGAGACCCUUCUGCCCUCCUUCUUUCUGAGGAAUGGUGCCUACUUGACACUCUCCUCCUAAAAGUGGGGACAUACGUGGAAAAACUGUGGAAAAAUCCCUAUUGGCCAAGCAGUGAUCUCUGAAAGCCUGUAGGCAAAUUUUCACAGCAAUGAAUAUUGC